GAGUCAAGCUGGACUUAAAAGACUUACUGGCCAGAACUAUGAUAGCAGUUGGACUUGGUGUUGCAACUGUCGCAUUUGCAGGUCGUUAUGCAUUCCACCUUUGGAAACCAUUAGAGCAGACAAUUACAGAGACAGCAAAGAGAGUUUCAGCUUCUAGUCUUUCAUUGUACUAUAAAGGAGGAUUUGAACAGAAAAUGAGUAGGCGAGAAGCUAGUCUUAUUUUAGGUAUAAGUCCAUCUGCUGGCAAGGCCAAAAUCAGAACAGCCCAUAGAAGAAUCAUGAUUUUGAAUCAUCCUGAUAAAGGUGGAUCACCUUACUUAGCAACAAAAAUAAAUGAAGCAAAAGACUUGUUGGAAUCCACUGCCAAAUGAGAGAUUCAGCAGAUACAUUGUGCAACAGUUGUCAUAUCUACAUGUUCCACACAGUUUCUUAACCUUGCAUUGAUUGUUCCUAUUUAUUGUCGUAAUUAAAACUUUAAGAUUAUUUAAAA